GAACAUUGGUUGAUAAGCAACGUUUACCUCAUUGAUUGCUGAAGGUCAGGUCAGGCAAACAUUAGUUGACCGUUAAUUUCAAGAAUCUUGUUAAGGGCUUGCAGCUGCUAUGGCGGGCGGGUUCGGGCCGACUGGAGUGGACACUGAACGGGCCGGAGAGUAUAAGGGAAAGGUCACACCUUAUGUGAUAAUUGCCUGCCUUGUUGCUGCUAUUGGGGGAUCACUCUUUGGCUAUGAUAUUGGGAUAUCAGGAGGAGUUACAUCAAUGGAUGGAUUUCUCGAGAAAUUCUUCCCAACCGUGUACAGAAGCAAAAUGCACGCACACGAGAACAAUUACUGCAAGUACAACAAUCAAAGCCUAGCGGCAUUCACGUCUUCUCUUUAUCUAGCUGGCCUGGUGGCCUCGCUGUUGGCAUCUCCAAUCACAAGAAAAUACGGCAGACGAGGGAGCAUCCUAUGUGGCGGCAUAAGUUUCAUCAUAGGAGCAACUCUUGAUGCCUCGGCAGUUAAUCUCGCCAUGCUCAUUCUCGGCCGUAUUAUGCUUGGCGUAGGCAUCGGCUUCGGCAAUCAGGCAGUACCUUUGUACCUAUCAGAAAUGGCGCCAACCCACAUAAGAGGAGCCCUCAACAUGAUGUUCCAGCUAGCGACCACGCUCGGGAUAUUCACCGCAAACAUGAUAAACUACGGCACUCAGAAGCUCGAGCCGUGGGGCUGGCGGCUCUCGCUGGGGCUGGCGGCAGUGCCAGCUGUCCUGAUGACAGCCGGCGGGCUCCUGCUGCCCGAGACCCCCAACAGCUUGAUCGAGCGAGGGUUCGAGUCAAGGGGUAAAAUGGUCCUUGAGAAAAUACGGGGCACGGCCGACGUGCACGCCGAGCUGCAGGACAUAGUCGACGCGAGCGAGUUGGCGAAGUCCGUCGAGCAUCCUUUCCGGAACAUUCUGGAGAGGAGGAACAGGCCACAGCUGGCGAUGGCGUUCUUCAUGCCGACUUUUCAGAUUCUGACUGGGAUUAACUCGAUUUUGUUCUACGCUCCCGUGCUUUUCCAGAGCAUGGGUUUUAAAGGGAAUGCUUCUUUGUACUCUUCGGCCGUGACUGGCGCUGUGCUGGCACUGUCGACCUUCAUUUCGAUUGCGACGGUUGAUAAAGUCGGCCGGAGGGCUUUGCUGAUUACAGGAGGAAUACAGAUGGUUAUAUGUCAGGUCAUAGUAUCUAUCAUAUUGGGGCUGAAAUUCAACAGCAACCAGGAACUUUCUAGAACUUACUCGAUUCUGGUGGUGAUUGUAAUCUGCCUGUUUGUGACGGCUUUCGGAUGGUCGUGGGGCCCGCUUGGGUGGACUGUGCCGAGCGAGAUAUUUUCAUUGGAGACGAGGUCGGCAGGGCAGAGUAUAACUGUGGCAGUUAACCUUUUCUUCACUUUUGUAAUCGGGCAGGUUUUUCUGUCACUCUUGUGUGCGUUCAAGUUCGGGAUUUUCCUCUUCUUUGCUGGAUGGAUCACGAUCAUGACUGCUUUUGUGUAUUUCUUCUUGCCUGAGACAAAAGGGGUUCCUAUAGAGGAGAUGAGUUUCUUGUGGAAAAAACACUGGUUCUGGAGAAAGGUUGUGCUCUGAAUGUGGAGAAAGGUUGUGUCUAUUUUGGUAAGGUGAGAUUGUUGGGUUGUGUGUACGUGUAAUUCGAAAAACUAAAUUCUUGAAAAUAUUAUUGAGCAUAUACAUUUGACAGAAGACAUACAAAUACCAAACCUCAGGAGUUGAUGCAGUGGGUCGAAAUUUCUAUACCAUUGUCUUUAUUCACAAAAUCGAAGGGAAAAAAUGUUAUAAGCGGCUCGUGAAUCUGAUGAAUGUAUAGCAAUAUUUUCUUUUCUAAUGAUAUUUUUCACCAAACUAUAUUCAAACUAAUUCAACUCUUAUACAAUAAUGUGUUUUUUUUUCCUUACAAACAAGCGGAACACACAUACUGUAGAAAAACAGAAAUCCACACAUAGGAAACACAUACAACAUUUUUUUUACCACUAGUUGCAGACAACCUGAGCACACAUAAUUUAAUAAAACAAAACCUCACACAUCAGAAAUAGAUACAUAUAAUGUAGUGAAAGUAAAAAGAUCAGAGGACAACACAAAGAAAAAACAGAGCAGAAACCGAAGAAAAAAAACUCUAAUUCACUCGCUUGGUGACUUCAUUUCGAUGAAACCCCUUGUGGCAGCCGCAAACGGCGCAGGUUAGCGCGGCGGCGGCGGUGGUGCCGUCCUUAGGGAUGAACUCCUGGCACCCGUCCACCGUGCUCUGGAACUUGAAAUCGUGGAUCUUCUGGCACCUCGUAUAGACAGCUAUAGUUUCGUACUCGACCGGCGGCUCCGGUUUCCGGUGGAAAUACCUGUGGCAGCCGCAGAUCAGGCAGUCCGAGGGGUCCCUCCAGUCACCCAUGAACUGCUGACAUCCAUCGAUCUUCCCGUCCAUAUGCGCGUGGGAUUUGCAACAUUCGGCGUGAGCCGCCAUUGCUUUCUUAUUUUUCUUCUGGUUUUUGUUUGAAGAAAUUUGUUCUUUUUUUUUUUUU